AUGGCCGAGCUCUUGGGCGAUGCGUUUCCACCCUUACCCUCGCGGCCAGGGAAGGGAAAUUCGAGGAAGGCGGCAGAGAGCUCCAGCCCACCGGCCGCCCCGCCUGUAGAGGUCAAGGAAGCAGAGCCCAAAGCAGAGGUGGAAGCCCCGCCUGCACCUCUGCCGGACGUCUCCCAGGCUGCUCUGGUAUCGCCUUCCGCUGUGCAGAGUGAGAGCAGCGCGGUUCCUGCAGGUGAGCCGUCGGCCUCUUCAGAUGCAGCGCCGGCGGCUUCGGCCGAAAGCCAAAGCCCAGGCAAGGGAGUCCCGGCCCCGGAAGAGCACCCGGAAGCGCCGCCGGAGCUCGAUGGCCUGGUGAUGCUGGCGCUGAAGUCGCCCAAGGAGCGCAACUUCCUCCUGAAGCUCGAGAGUCACAUCAUCAACAACUUGCAGAGCGGCCAGAUUGAGCGCAUUCGCCUUUCCACGCCGCUGCCACCCAAGCUGCGCAAGCUGGUGCACAUGGUGGCAGACUACUUUGGUCUCCACAGGAAUGUGGACAAGGAGGAGGGCGAGGAGAAGAAGGCCACCAUGACGUUGCUCAAGGUGAAUGAGACGCGUAUCCCUGCACGUACGCUGUCCGUCAUUUGCACGGAGCUGGACGAAGAGGACAGGCAGCCAGUUCAGGUGCAGAGGAAGGCAGCAGACAUUGGAGGUGGCGACGACGGUGAACUGGCCCAAUCCGUCCCCUUGCCUUCGCACCUCUUGCAUGGCCAGGUUCUCCAAGCCACCCCGGAGGCAUCGGCAGCAUCGAAAGCCCAGACGGAGGAGUCCAAGCCAUCCUGGGCCGAACUUGUUGCUCGUGGCGACGGGGCACCUGCAGUUCCUCUGGCGGCAGGUCCGUUGCCUACCAACGUGGCCUUUGCCAAGCGGCCGCCGCUUAAGCCCUGGUAG